CUGCAGUGCAAAACAACAACACUGUUUCGCCAAUAGGAAGUAACUACGGUAGAGCUUCUUGUUCACCAACAAAGCAACGGAUCAACAACAAAAACAACUAAACAAGCAGACCGAUUUGCUGAAGCAUUGAGUCAGGGGCUGUGGGACACCCCUGUCCUGACCCAUGAGGUUGUAGGUUAAGAGGUUUAUUCCUGGAGGCUGUAUAGCAAUCGGGGGACGAUACCAAAACCAGACAGGAGGCGAAGCCCACCAUCAAUGUGAUCCUAUUUCACCUCCAGAUCAAAUGUGAAGGUGAGAUGGAGACAGAGGAGACAGAAGGACGCACUUUAGUGCAGGUGAUCAGUGAGAAGUACAGCCCAGAAAACUUCCCAUACUGCCGUGGGCCAGGAGCUGGAGUGGUGAUCCGGUCGAGUCCCCAGGGUUCACCUGUCAAAGAUCGUCUAAAUCUGCCCAGCAUCCUAGUUCUGGAUGGUUGUGGAAUUACAGAGGCCGGAGAUGAAGAGGAGGUGGCCACUUUCUGUGCUCACGUGGUUGAGCUAGACCUCUCCCACAACCAUUUUAAAGACUGGGGAGAGAUAAGCAAGAUCCUGUUUAACAUCCCUAAUCUAGACUUUCUCAAUCUGAGUAUGAAUCCAUUGAGAGGGUCGAGUCUGGAGCCUGGAACUGCCGAAGCAUUCUCAGGCCUUCGCCGCCUUGUGCUCAAUAACACGUAUGUCACCUGGGACAUGGUGCACACACUUACGCGAGAGACCCCAGAGCUGGAGGAGUUGUUUCUGUGUCUGAACGACUAUGAGAGUGUGAGUGUGUCAUCUAUAUCGUACCCAUCCCUGCGCCUGCUGCAUAUCACAGAUAACCAGCUGCAGCAAUGGGUGGAGGUGCGUAAGCUGGGCCUCAUAUAUCCGGGCCUGGAGUCUCUUAUCCUGGCAAACAACUCUCUCUCGUCUAUCCUCGAGCCUGAGGACUCCCUACAUAGACUCUUCCCCAACCUGCGCAGCAUAAACCUACACAACUCAGGUGCAUAA